GGACCCUGAGACAACACAUGCAUCUCCCACAGCCUCUGCCUCGGGUACCAUGAAGAUCUCUGCAGCUGCCCUGACCAUCAUCCUCACUGCGGCCGCCCUCUGCACCCCUGCACCUGCCUCCCCAUAUGGCUCAGACACCACUCCCUGCUGCUUUGCCUACAUCUCCCUCGCGCUGCCACGUGCCCAUGUCAAGGAGUAUUUCUACACCAGCAGCAAGUGCUCCAACCUUGCAGUCGUGUUUGUCACUCGAAGGAACCGUCAAGUGUGUGCCAACCCAGAGAAGGCAUGGGUUCAAGAAUACAUCAACUAUUUGGAGAUGAGCUAGGAUAGAGGGUUUCUUGAUUCUGACCCUAUAUAGCUUCCCUGUCCUUGCUUGCUCUAGUCCUAACCAGCUUGGAGAUGCCACUCAGUAACCCCUUACUCCCACUCAUUCCUGGGAAAAUGGGUAUCUCAGCUGCUCCAAGGUUCUGCACAGCAAACCCAAAAAAUCAGCAUUUCAUUAAAAUUUGAGAUGCAAGGACAAA